CAAGGCCAACCGAGGUAGUUUCUCAGCUACUGUGAAGUAUGCAAUAAUUAUUCAGAGGAGCAAAAGAACAUAUGGGGAACUAUCGCAAAAUCUCGCGUCUUCCAUCACUUUCAAAAAUAUUUGAAAAGGUUGUGAUAAUGCAAAUUCAAAAUUCCAUACAAAAAUAAAAAAAAAUCAGUAUGGGUUUCAAAAAGGCAAAAGCAUAGUAUCUGCUGUGAGCCAGUUUGUAGACAAAAUUAGCUCCACUCCAGCCAACUCCCUGCAUGACACAAGAUCUUUUGCAUGACCAAUUGAAGGUCUGUGAUAUUGUGAAUACUGCUUGCUAUAUACAACUUCUGAGGGAGGAAAGUAACCUUCGGAAUGGAAAACCAUUACACAAGGAGUAGGCUAAAGUUAGGGAGGGUUGCUGAGAUGUCAAUUGAAAAUCCCAAUAUUGAGUUUCCAUGGCAGUUUCACUUCCCACCAUUCUUCACAUUGCAACCACAUGCAGAGACAAGAGCAAAGCAGAUAGCAGCAUGGAGGUCACUUGUACUUGAAUGGUACGGAGCGACGCGGCAAAGUAAAGUAGACGUGCGUGAAGCAGGGCGGGGUCCACCAUUUGCCAAUGCUACCAUCAACCGACGGUUUCCCGAAGAGGGCAUAACAGCUGUAAUGGAAGAACUGGCUCGCACUGGUCAUGCGGAACGUCUCGACAAGCAGGGCUAUACCUGGGCUGUGCAUUGUGGCCGCACUAUAGAUGAGUGGGCAGACUGCCUUCUGUCUUGGGCACGUGAUAACGGCAUGAGUGGUACAGUAUGUACAUUAUACGAACUAACGCAUGGAGAUGAUACUGUCAGUUGUGAUUUCCAUGGUUUGGAUGAAGAGACACUGGUCCGCUCAGUUCUUCGCCUGCAGCAACGUGGUAAUGCUGAAUUUAUGGAUUUUGAUGAUAACAGAGGAGUGAAAUUUUUCUGAUUGAAAUUUUUAGGGUGAUAUUUUGUGAUUAAGCAAUGUUUUAUUAUUUUUGCAGAUUUUAAUUUCUAAUUUUGAAAGAAAGUUUGUUUCACAAAUAAUGUUAAUAGAUUUCUGUAACAGAUGAGCUUUAAUGUGGCGAUGAUUGCUUUAUGCGGAACAAGGCAAUGUAUUGUUCUCUAUUUUCCCAUAUUUGCAGGACUAUUGAAGGUUUUGUGCUUUAUGAAAAAGUUACCAGUAUGUUGUGCCUUUUUGCCGAGCCUCUGUAAAUAAAGUGAAAUAUAUGAAUGUACAAGCA